UUGGAUUGCUGCAUUUUAAGCCCGGCUUUGGGUUUAAAGCCCUUCCCAAGGGUUCUAAUCCCGGGAUCAGAGGUCGGGGCGGGAGCUCCAGCCUUUCCUAAGCUCCGGCUCUAUCUGGAAUCCCAAGGUUUUCCUGGCACAGCGUUUCCUGGUUCUGGCCACAGGCCACAGAGCAAAGCAGGGAAGUGAAACUGGGCUGGAAUCCCUCGGAUCCCCCUGGAAUUCCCAACUCCAGACUUGCUUUUUGGGGAUGAAGGAGUUUUAAUUGGGAAAAGCUGGAGGCAGGAGUUUAAUCCCUUCCUUUUGGGACUCUUUCCAGGAAUUCCGCCUGGAGCUGGACAGACCCUCCCCAGGAAGGAGCUGCUCUGCCUGUCCCACAUUCCCAACAGCUCCAGGCCCCGGACUGGGAAUUUUCCUCCCCAGCCCCCAAACCCUCGGAAUUCCCGUUAUUUCUCCCCCUUUCGUGGCCGAACUUGGAGCCGGAAAUGUCUAAAAAGCAGAACACAAAAGAUCCCUCGGGAUUUAUCUUUGAUGUUCAGUCCAACACUGUGAUGGCCCAGGGAGGGACCUUUGAGAACAUGAAGGAAAAGAUCGGAGCUGUCCGAGCGAUCGUUCCCAACAGGAGCAACAACGAGAUCGUCCUGGUCCUGCAGCACUUUGACAACUGUGUGGACAAAACAGUCCAGGCCUUCAUGGAAGGGAAUGCCAGUGAGGUGCUGAAGGAAUGGACUGUGACAGGCAAAAAAAAGAACAAAAAGAAGAAACCCAAACCCAAACUUCCCAGUGGCUCCAGCUCUGCCCUCCCAGCCCCUGGAAAACCAGUUCCUCCUGGAGAGGAGACCCCGGGAAACUGGGAGAAGGGGGGGAUGAACGGAUUCCACGUGAACGGCUGCGCCCAGGACACGGAAUCCGUGGAUUCCCUGAGCGAGGGCCUGGAUGGGAUGUCGAUGGAUGGCAGGGAAGUGGAUGAGCCCGGCCUAAGGAAUGGACUGUCCGGCCCUGACCCCCCAAGGCUCCCCAUCCCCCCCCCCAGGGCUCUGCCCACCCCCCACUCCGACCCCCGGGAAGAGGCUCCGGUGUCACCCCCCGGCAGGAAAAUGGGGUCGAACAUCGAGAAGUCGGUGAAGGACCUGCAGCGCUGCUCCGUGUCCCUGGCGCGGUACCGGGCCCUGCUCAAGGAGGAGAUGGACACGUCCAUCAGGAAGAUGAAGCAGGUCUUUGCUGAGCUCCAGAGCAGCCUCAUGGACCGGGAAGUGGCUUUGCUGGCCGAGAUGGACAAAGUGAAGGCAGAAGCAAUGGAGAUCCUGGUGGGGAGGCAGAGGAGGGCGGAGGCCCUGCGGAAACUCACGGACGGGGCCGCGCGGAUGUCGGAGGAGCAGCUGCUGGAGCUCAGGGCUGACAUCAAGCACUUUGUGAGCGAGCGCAAGUACGACGAGGAGCUGGGCAGGGCCGGCAGGUUCACCUGCGACCUGGAGGGGCUCAAGAGGAGCAUCACCUGCUUCGGCCAAGUGUCCCACCCCAAGACCAGCUAUUCCAGCCGCUCCACGCUGCAGCUCCGGCCCCCCGGGCCCCCCGGCCCCCCACCUUCCAGCGGAUCCGGAGCGCGGAAGGGAAGGACGCCCGAGCCCGACCCCGCGCACAACGGCCCCCCCGAGCUCGGCCCCAACACGCGGACCCGCCGGCCCCCCGCAACCCUCCGACCCACGGGCCCCCCCACAGCCCCCCGGGGGGGGCUCCCCCCACGGAGACCCCGCAAGAGCCACCCCAAGGGAGCGAAUUCCUGA